AUGUGGAUCUUUGCCCUGGGCGAGACCGUGAAGAGGGUCGCCCUGACCAGCCACUUUGCCACUUCCCGUUUGAGUGCCGAUUUGUGUCAAGUACUGACGGAUAUGACGCGUCUUCAGGCGCCCUCUAGAGCCUCCCUGAUGCAUCUGCUAGACGUUAUAUCUGGAUAUUGUACGAAGAGGCAGCAAAAUAGACCAUUUUCCCAUAUUGUCAUGGAUCUCCACAGAGAGGCUAUGGCCGCCUUGGAAAUUGCCAUGGACACACCUUGGGGACCUCCCGCCAUGCCGGAACUUAGACCGAGAACAAAAAAUAGAUCGGAAUCCACCGCGGACGGCUACGGGACGAUACCCCGAAGAUGGCUCGGUAUGACCCGAAACAACCACGACUCCGGCUUCCCUCCGAGGCUCACUAAGGAGGCCAGUACCAGCAUGGAGGACUUGAGUGCUCGCGCGAACUUAUCACGCGCCCCCGGUAACGUUGUCAGGCCGAAAUCCAUGUGCGUGCCGGAAGGGGGCCGGUAUUUCGAGGAGGCGAACGGUUUGUGUGCCGGAGACAGGAUUUAUAGUGAGAUAGGUUUGAACUGUGAUAGUGACGAUGAAUUUUCGAAAAAGAAUUCGUGCGGGGCCAGGGAGAAUGGUGUGGGUUGUAGAGGAGAGAGGAACGGGAUCAGUAAUGAUUUAGUCAACAACCGCAGACUGCGCGUUCGAAAGAACCCCGUGCAGAGAGCUGCUUCGCGUCUGUACAGAGUAGGCAGCGAACUCCCGCCGGGUAGGUCUAACCGAACGCAAACCACUAGAGAGGUUAUCGGGCCGGAGUUCGUAGUCAGGGCUUCCCUGCCGAACAAACAGCUGAUAAUGACCGACCAGAAAGGUAGCAGCAGGAAAACGGUGACUGUGCUCCUGCUGAACGGGCAGAAGCUGGACGUAUUAUGCAAUCCGAAUUCUACGACAGCGGGGCAGCUGUUUGAGUUGAUAAUCCAGAAGGAACACAUCGAAGAAAACUUCAUGCUAGGCCUUUCGGCUCUAAUCGCAGGGGAUUUUGUUUUUCUCCCAUCAGACACUAGGAUCUGCAAAGUGUUCCACCCCGACAACAACAAUGGAACAUCUCUGACGCUGUUCAUGAGGGUGAGGUUCUUCCUAUCCAGUUUGAGAGGCAUUCGGGGCAGUCAAGCGAGGCACCUUCUUUACCUGCAACUACGGAGGUCCAUUUUGGAACAUCAGCUUCCGUGCUCUUUCAGGCAGAUCAUCGAACUGAACGGUCUCGCUCUACAGGCGGAGUUUGGAGAUUUCAACCAGAGGGAACACGGAACGAGAGACUACUUUCUAUUGGAACAUUAUGUACCAGAAACAAUGUCCUGCAUAAUCGAAGACUCGGAUCGUUUAAGACAGGAACUCAUCAAAGGACACGUAGCAAAAAGUGGAUUAGAUCCUGAAAAAGCAGAACAAGAUUUCAUUAUUUUCGCCCAAACCCUUCCUCACUAUGGAGGUCAUUUCUACACGGCAACUUGGAUGCUGAAAGACAACAACCACAAAGACAUCUGGUUGUACAUCAGCGCUCAGGGCAUCAACUUGUAUGAAAGAGGGCAGAGAACCAGCAAUUUCGGACCGGAGAUGUACGAAUCUUUCGAAUGGAGGAACAUCCAAACUCUCUGCUACAGCAAACAGUAUUUAUGUAUCUUACCGCAUAGCAGUUUUCCUUCUUCUGCCAAGUUGAAGAAGUAUAAGUUGAAAAUGGAUCAGAAGAAGAGUUACUUCACGUUUCGACUAGCGUCGCUCCACCACCAGUUUUUCCUCCGGCUGCGAACGGAGUACAUCUCUCCCCAGACUCUCUCCCAGCAAUUCGGCAUCCCCCUGAAGGACAUAAAAAACGAAACGAACUCCCUGUAUAAACUCGAAGCGCUAACCAACGCCAACUACGCCUCCUCCAACGGCACCGUGAAUGCCGAAACCGAGUUCAAAAUCGAGUUCCGAACUUCCUCGAGGCUCAGCUCGAAACCCACUACUGACAACGUCGUCAAGAGGUCGAAGAGCGUCAAUGACUUCAACGGACUCGAGGAAACCAUCAAUGAAGACUUCCAGAACAAGGAGAACGAGAAUCCCAGCCAAAGGCCGAAGAGGGGGCUAGUUUUAGAAAGCAAAUAUUUAUCGGGAUUGCCGGCGGAGAAGCGGAGGGGGGUCAAGAUGGGGAUGAGGGCGUUCGUGAAUAUGAAGUCGGGGGUUUCGAGGUCCAUGGAGGCCAUGUAUGCUGCGAGUAACGAGUAUCUGGAGCAGAUGUCGUUGCAGUCGGUGUCGCUGCAUUGCAGCUCCACUUCGAUGUCCAGGUCGCCGACGGGAAAGUGCACGCCCAACGAGGCAUAUGUUUUAGACUCCACAAUCAAACAGACAUCACAACCACUGCUGCCGGACUUUCAAGAAACCCUCAGCGAGUCCCUCCUGGAGAAACUCAACAGCCUUUCAUUCGCUGAGGAGCGAAUCCUGUCCGCCGUCACCGUAGAGAGAGACCUCCAAGGAAGCCUAGGACUGCAGAUCACGGAAGGAUCAGAUGGUAACGUGUACGUGCAGUCGGUGAUCCCAGGAGGCCAAGCCUAUCUCAAGGGCAGCAUACAGCGGGGAGACCAAGUGGUAGCCGUCGAUGGAACCACCCUCCUGGGGAUGAAGUACAAGCAGGCGUUGAACUUCUUGAAGAGUAGAGGUAGCAGGGUAGAGUUCGUGCUAGCUAGGACGGUCGCGAAACGUGGUGAUAUGGAUUUCUUGGGGUGUAACUACAAAGGGGAGGGUUCAAGGCGAAAGGAGCGCGAGAGUCCGGUUGAGAAACACUUGACGGAGAGCUGCCGCGACAUUUCCAACUUGCACAAGUAUAGCCACAGCGAAGUACCUUACCACAAGCACAUCCGGUACGAAAUCGAGCCAGAAAGUGAGGUUAUGUUCAAGAAACCCCUGACCCCGGCUCAUUCCAAGCACUCAGACUCUCUCAGGCGUGCUGUGUCGAAGUCCUGCUCGCAUCUCUACUCGCACGAAAGGGACAAGGCCGUAGUCGUAGAACUUAUCCCGAAGGAGAACGUAGACCUGUCAAACGUGCACUCGCUUGACAGGAAACACUUAAAAGGUUUCAAGGAGUCCUUGGACACGGUCCUACCCAUAGCGGUACCGCGCAGCUUGGGCUUGAGCAGAAAGUGGAGAGGGCCGGUGAGAUAUCCCGUGACGCCUGUCAAGAAGACUGCCGAUUCGGACGAUGUCAAUUAUGUGUCGACCUCGGAUGAGGAGCAGGUUUUCAUAUAACCGAGGCGGGUGAUAUAUUAUUGUUGAGGUGUGAGGUAGUACCGUGGAAAAGUAGGGGAAAGAGUGUUUGUGAGUGGAGAAUGAUGGAUAGUUUUGAUAUGUUGAAGUUUUCUUCCACUAACAGUUGAUUUGAAGCACACAGAUUCAUCUCUUCGAGAGGUAUCCAAAUGUACUCCUUAUGCGCGAGAGGGAGGGAGACAAUAUGAUUUAUUGUAUACAUAAUGUGAGUCACUUCCAUUCCAUUAUAAUGCUUGGACCUUGUCAUUAUGUACGAAAUACAAUGUCAUUUAGAUGGUCGCGGGAGUGGAUCCUUUAGAGGUAGUUGUCGACCACUUUUUUGCACAUUUCGGAUGGUAUCUCAGUGAUAACGAAUGUGGGUUUUCAAAUAAUCCAACGUUGGGGGAUUAUCAUCAUAGACACGGUCUUUGACGUAGCCCCACGAAUAAAAGUCUAACGGUGUCAAAUCAUAUGAUCGUAGUGGCCAAUUGACACGCUGUGGAAACUUCUCAAGCGAUGAAGCCAAAAUUGGUCGUGUUGUGUGGCUUGUGGCACCGUCUUGUUGAAACCAUAUAUCGUCCAGCUCAUAAUCUUCAAUUGUAAGCCAAAAAAGGCGGUUAUCAUGCGGCCAUAGCGCUCUGAAUUGAUGGUAACGGUUCUUCCAGCAGUUCGAAAAAAUACGGCCCAAUGACACCUCCAGACCAUUUAAGCACCAAACAGUCACUUUCUCCGGAUGCAACGGCUGUUCCACAAUCACUUUUCGGUUCUCCGAGCCCCAUGUGUGACAAUUUUGCUUGUUGACCUAACCACCGAGUGAGUUACGUCAUCACAUUGAAAGUCUGUUGCUCUAGCACCCCAUCAGCAUAUCUACAGCGUUGUGGAUUGUCAGCCGGCUUCAAUUGUUGCGUGACUUGGACUUCACGUGGAUGGAGGUGCAAAUCCAAUUGCAAAAUACUUCCUGAAGAGCCGAAAGAUAAACCCAAUUGCUGAUCUCGCCGUGGAAUCGACAAGUUCGGCUUCACAGCCACACUGUCACUAACAGAAGCGAUAUUUUCGCCAGUGCGCACAUUCCGAUGAUGUGCAAGCCUGACCACUUCUGGAACGCUUCCAGCCUCUUCUGAUAUCUUGCUAACUUGCCAACGUCUUGCGCAGUAGGUCGUUUAUGACGACCAUAAUCACGCCGUAAUGCCCGAAAAGUGGCCACGUUUGUAGUAAGUUUCAAAUAUUUUUACGUGUUCUUCAGUUGUUGAAAGAUUCAUAUUCGUGAAUGGCAUUUCGCUUAAUAAAUGACAGCUGACAGACCUGCCAGACCGGCGGUUUUGAAACCACUAAGAGUUAUCUCCCAUAUAACUGAAAGCUAUCCGAUAAUUUUUUGAUGAAUUUGACUGCACUAUGGUAGUAAUUCAGUAUCAAAGAUCUACGUGACACGAAUUUGAAAUUCUAUCUAUCUGAGCAUGUCGGGGAAGGCAAUAUUUCGACUGUUUUUGUGAUACUCACACCAAACUUUUACGACAUCUGUCAUUCAAAACUCUCAAAUAUAUGAGCGUAAAUUUCCAUUCACCACCAGCACAAAAAUG